UUAUGGAAAGUACCUUCGAGGGCUACAAUGCCUACGGUCAGGCAGAGUCUGGAAAGACCUUUACCAUGAUGGGCACACCGGAAGCUCAAGGAUUGAUACCACGAGAGAAAACGUGAAAGUGACAAAAUACCACCACGGCGUGCAAACGUCCUUGACAGAAUCUAUACGUUUCUUAUAGCAAUAGCUUUAGUAAAGAUAGCCGUGGGAGUUUGUUCCUUUAACAAAAUGGAGUUAGCGAUGAAUGCAAAAAACGAUUGUACAAAUGGAUGGCAAAAAAACACGAAUUUUCAAUACAAAGACUUCACAUUUCAUCACUCUUAUUGGCCCUGCGACGCAAACGAUGACAAUUAUGCAUCUCAGAAAGAGGUUUUCAAUGAUCUUGGUACGGACGUUAUGGAAAGUACCUUCGAGGGCUACAAUGCCUACGGUCAGGCAGAGUCUGGAAAGACCUUUACCAUGAUGGGCACACCGGAAGCUCAAGGAUUGAUACCACGCAGGUCUAACACGCUGUUUGCCAGAAUGACAGGUGCUAAAGAGAGCGGGACGUCUUAUAGAACCGAAUUAUCAUUCCUAGAAAUACACAAUGAAAGAGUGACAGAUCUACUGAGGCGGAUCAGUCACAGUCUCAUUCUUUCCGAGUGCGGGAACAUCCUAAAAGAGGACCUUAUGUCCAAGACCUGUCAAACCACCUCGUGUACGACUAUUCCGAUAUUCAGGAAUGCAUGGUGAGAGGUAAUACGCACAGAACUGCGGUAAGCACAAACAUAAACGACGCGAGCAACAAGAAUCGCGCGAUUUUUACGAUGACGUUCGUGCAAGCUGGACUAUCCGAAAGCAAUAUGUCGUCGGAGACCGUUUCGAAGGUGUAUCUUGUCGACUUGACUGGAAGCAAACAUGCGAAUGCAAAGGCUGCGACAGGCCAACGACUAAAAGAAGGUGCGCACAUUAAUAGAUCACUGGUAACAUUUGGUUCUGUGAUAUCGACGCUCUCGGAAGUUAGUUCCACAGGCGACGCGUCUUCCUCUUAUAAGCGUAAUGUCUUCAUACCUUAUCGAGAUAGUGUACGUGGUUAUUAAAGGAUUCGCUUGGAGGUAACUCGAAGACAAUUAUGAUAGCUGCUAUUAGUCCGGCCGACUGCAAUUACCUCGAGUAAUUAUGCAGUACGCUAACCGAGCGAAAAAAUAUUAUUAAUAAAACUAUUAUCACGAUAUGAGUAUCAGUAUUUUUACAUUUUAUUCUGCUUUUUUAAUGCGAUGAUAUGUUUCUAUCCAUGAAAUAGUAUUGAAACACCUGCUAAACG